AUGUCGGCAGUAUAUCGGGCGGUAAUUUCAGCCGUUGAUAAGAAGGUUCCUGCUCGAAUCAAACCUUUAUGGGAUCAUCCUGCCGGACCUAAAACCAUAUUUUUCUGGGCGCCUACUUUCAAAUGGCUUCUUGUUAUAGCUGGUUUAGCAGAUAUUAAUCGACCAGUCCAGAACGUCAGUUUAUACCAAAGCGCAGCGCUCGCAGCAACCGGUAUCAUAUGGUCCCGGUACUCUAUGGUUAUUAUCCCAAAAAAUUACAACCUUCUCAGUGUAAACGCCUUUGUUGCUCUAACUGGAUUAUAUCAACUAGCAAGAAUCGCCCAUUAUGAACGCUCUAAGUAG